AAAAACUAAAGCAAGACUUGGUUGACUUGCCAAGUCUUUGCUGAAUAGAGGGAUUUUUUGCCAGCAUAUUUAUAAUUCUGAUUGAGAUGUAAAAGACUUGGUUGAUUUGGUGGUAUUAGUAUUAAUAUGACCAAAAGGGAGACCUCAUUUCUAUUUAAAGUCUCAAAACCACAUGUUAUAGAAUAUACCUACUAAUUUUAGUAAUAAUGGAGAAAGCCUUCACAUUUUUUCUCUCAACACUCUUCUUGCUUAUGGCUAGUUCAGUCAUGACCCAAACCAACAUUACUACAGAUCAAUUAGCUCUUCUAUCUUUAAAAUCCCAAAUCAUUUCCGACCCCUUUCGCUUCUUGGAUAAAAGUUGGUCUCCUGUUAGGUCCGUUUGCCAGUGGAUUGGGGUCACUUGUGGUUCUCGUCGCCAGCGAGUGAAGUCCUUGAAUCUUUCUAACAUGGCUCUUACAGGCAAGAUUCCCCGUGAAUUUGGAAACCUCUCAUUUCUUGUUUCUCUUGACUUGCGAAGCAAUAAUUUCCAUGGACAUUUGCCUCAAGAAAUGGCACACUUGCAUCGGCUUAAGUUUCUUGAUUUAAGUUUCAACAACUUCAUAGGGGAGGUUCCCUCUUGGUUUGGGUUUUUACACCAGCUUCAAUUGCUAAAUUUUGGGAAUAAUAGUUUCAUUGGUUCCAUCCUUCUUCAUUUUCUAAUAUGUCCACACUUGAUUUUACAGGUAUGUUCCUGUUGUAUUAAUUAUUUUACGACUGUUAUAUCUUAUAACUCACUUCAAGGAAAUAUUCCAGAAGAAAUUGGCAAUCUUUACAACCUUAACCGGUUGUCCAUACAAUAUAAUCAACUUACGGGUUCUAUACCAUUCACAAUUUUUAAUAUUUCUAGGAUCGAAAUCGUUUCAUUUACUGGCAAUAGCUUAUCAGGAUAUCUUCCCAACGGUUUAUGCAAUGGUCUCCCAAUACUCAAAGGGCUUUAUUUAUCGAGAAACAAGCUUCAUGGUCAUAUUUCUACAAGCUUAUCAGAUUGUUCACAACUUCAAGAAUUGUUUUUAUCGGAAAAUGAUUUCAUAGGUGAAAUACCCAAAGAGAUAAGCAAUCUCAUUGAGUUGGAGGUACUUAAUAUUGAGAUUAAUAGAUUCAGUGUUCCACUUCCAAUGGAGAUCUUCAACAUAUCAGGGCUGAGAAUAAUUGGUAUUUCAUUCAACAAUCUAUCAGGAAUCCUCCCACCAAACAUGGGUUCUAUCUUACCCAACAUUGAAAGUAUUUAUCUGAUUAACUUAACCAAUCUUGUUGGAACUAUUCCUCAUUCUCUCUCCAAUUGUUCAAAACUUAAAAUUGUUGAGCUUUCACACAACAAACUCACUGGCUUGAUUCCCAACUCACUUGGAGAUUUGACUCAUCUACAAUACCUAAACUUGGGGGACAACAAUUUAACCAGUGAUUCAUCAUUAAGCUUCCUGACUUCCUUAACCAAUUGCAGAAAUUUAAAACUUCUUUCUCUAUCUUACAACAUUCUAAAUGGCAUGCUUCCAGCCGCCAUGGGGAAUCUUUCCACCUCUCUCAGAAAAUUUUACUUCAAAAAUUGCACAAUCAAAGGGUGAAUUCCAAAUGAAGUUGGGAACUUAAGCAGCUUAUUAGACCUUGAUCUUUCGGGAAAUAACUUGGUCGGAUCGAUUCCAACAUCAAUUGGCAUUUCCCUUUUUUUUUUACAUCCUAGAAAGUAUAUUGCAUCUUGAAAUUAAUUUUUUGACUGUAGAGUUCGGACUGGAUGGUUUGGUGUCUACAAAGUGUGAUGUCUAUAGUUACGGGAUAAUGUUGCUGGAAACGUUUACUAGGAGAAAGCCUAAUGAGUUUGAGGGAAAUCUUAGCUUGAAACAAUGGGUGAGUUAUUCUCUUCCAGACGCAGUAAUGGACGUCGCAGAUGCCAACUUGCUAACGUCAACUGGUAAUCGCUUCAAGAAGGAGCUAGAUGUUGAGGCAUCAAUCAUUAAAGUUGGAUCAGAUUGUUGUAAUGAAUCUCCGGCGAGAAGGACCAACAUGAAAGAUGUUGUAGGGAUGCUACAGAAGAUCAAGAAUCUACUUCUACCAUGUUGAGCAUGUUGUUGGAAUCUGUUGUUCCAAAUAAUUUGUUUGCUCCAAAUGUGUGAUUAGUUUUGGAUUCCUACAAUAUUGCUUCUUUCUUUUUUGUUUUAGCACUUUAUUUGUGCAUGAUUCUCUUUUCAGAAAUUCUAGCUGGUUGAAUAAAUCUCAGUAUUGCCUUUUAACAAAAACUAAAUUGAUCACCAAAAUCUUGAAAUAGAAUGAUUUAUUUUUGUAAGUGUUAAAGGGAUAUUAACAUGUUGGAGCGUGACAUAUCCCAAGUUCUUCUUCCUCUCCCCUUAUGUUUGUCCCUCAGUGUCCAAAUUACCAAUAAAAUGUCUUCGACACACGAUUUACAGGGAGACUGCUCAUCUGGACUUGACAUCGUGCACCCUUUUGACAGAACUUCACACAAGAAGAUUCAUACCAGUGAAAAUCUUGCUGACAAAGGCGGUGCCAAAAGACAAAUUUGAAUUAUGCAAAGAACUUGUCGGCAUAAUCUCUGUCUGAGAAGACAGAGACAUCUCCUUCAGGUGCGUGGGACUGGAGGGGGAGAUUUGUGGAGAUCCAGCCCCAUUAUUCAUUAUGCAGCCUUUGUCAAUUGGCCUUUGGCAAAUUUGCCUUUCUUGGUUAGGAAAGUCACGAAAAGUAUGCUCUUUUGUUGAUGUUUUGAGGCAGAUUUUUGCCUAUAAAUAGAGAUCUUCAGAUCACUAGUUAUACACACCAACAAAGAGAGAAAAAAAUAGAGUGAGACAUCACAGAGAGUUUAGUCUGUGAGGAAAAAUAGAGUGUGAGCGAUAUUGUAGUGAGGUGGAAAAAUUAAAAGAGAGAUUUCUUUUGAGUGCGUAGUAGUCAAUUUGAGUAUUGUACUUGUGACUACGGUGUAAAAUUCCUUACUACAGAGAUAUUAGUUGCUCCUCUUGGCCCA